CUCCCGGCUCCCGACUCCCGGCGCCCGGUGCCCGGUGCUCUGCGCGGAGUUGUUCCUCAAACAGCGCGCAACCAAGGGCGGUGGGAUCCGCCCGCAGUCCGCAGCCCCACCGAGCCCGGAGGCCGCCGGGAUGGAGCCGCCGCUCCCGGUCGGAGCCCAGCCCCUUGCCGUUGUUGAGGGUAUGGAGAUGAAGGGUGCUCUCCGGGAGCCCUGCUUCCUGACGCUAGCCCAAAGGAACGGGCAAUAUGAGUUAAUAAUCCAGUUGCGCGAGAAGGAACAGCAUGUUCAAGAUAUCAUUCCUAUAAAUAGCCACUUUAGAUGCGUUCAAGAAGCAGAAGAAACUCUUUUGAUUGAUAUAGCUUCAAACAGUGGCUGCAAAAUUCGGAUUCAGGGAGACUGGACCAGGGAGCGCCGCUUUGAAAUCCCUGAUGAGGAACAUUGUUUGAAGUUCCUCUCAGAGGUCCUUGCUGCUCAGGAAGCUCAGUCACAGCUUCUUGUUCCAGAGCCAAAGGACUCAUCUAGCUGGUACCAGAAAUUAGACACUAAGGACAAACCUUCUGCUUUUUCAGGGCUUCUUGGAUUUGAGGAUAAUUUUUCAUCUAUGAAUUUGGACAAGAAAAUUAAUUCACAAAAUCAUCCUACAGGGAUUCAUCGGGAACCCCCACCUCCACCCCCUUCUGUGAAUAGAAUGCUUCCACGUGACAAAGAAGCUCCUAAUAAGGAACAGCCCAAAGUGACCAACACCAUGCGGAAGCUCUUUGUACCAAAUACCCAGUCUGGGCAGCGAGAAGGUCUCAUCAAACAUAUCCUGGCAAAGCGAGAGAAAGAAUAUGUCAAUAUUCAGAAUUUCAGAUUUUUUGUUGGAACGUGGAACGUGAAUGGCCAGUCUCCAGAUAGUGAGCUGGAACCUUGGCUGAACUGUGAUUCGAAUCCUCCUGAUAUCUACUGCAUUGGAUUCCAAGAGCUGGACUUGAGCACAGAAGCCUUUUUCUACUUUGAAUCUGUGAAGGAACAAGAGUGGUCCAUGGCUGUAGAGAGGGGUUUGCAUUCCAAAGCCAAGUAUAAGAAAGUUCAGCUAGUCCGCCUUGUUGGGAUGAUGCUCCUCAUAUUUGCCAGAAAGGACCAGUGGCAAUAUAUCCGUGAUGUUGCUACAGAAACAGUUGGAACUGGAAUCAUGGGGAAAAUGGGAAACAAAGGUGGGGUAGCUGUGAGAUUUGUAUUUCACAACACUACCUUUUGCAUUGUCAAUUCUCACCUGGCUGCGCAUGUGGAGGACUUUGAGAGAAGGAACCAAGAUUAUAAGGACAUCUGUGCACGAAUGAGUUUUGUGGUCCCAAAUCAGACACUCCCACAGCUGAACAUCAUGAAACAUGAUGUUGUCAUCUGGUUGGGAGAUUUGAACUAUAGGCUUUGCAUGCCUGAUGCCAAUGAAGUGAAGAGUCUUAUAAACAAGAAUGACCUUCAGAGACUCUUGAAGUUUGACCAGCUAAAUAUUCAGCGCACACAGAAAAAAGCUUUUGCUGACUUCACUGAAGGAGAAAUCAAGUUUAUCCCCACUUAUAAGUAUGACUCUAAAACAGACCGAUGGGAUUCCAGUGGGAAAUGUCGGGUUCCAGCCUGGUGUGACCGGAUUCUUUGGAGAGGAACAAAUGUUAAUCAGCUUCAUUACCGGAGUCAUAUGGAACUAAAAACCAGUGACCACAAGCCUGUUAGCGCCCUCUUCCAUAUUGGGGUGAAGGUUGUGGAUGAACGGAGGUAUCGGAAAGUGUUUGAAGAUAUUGUACGCAUCAUGGACAGAAUGGAAAAUGACUUUCUUCCUUCCUUGGAGCUCAGCAGGAGGGAGUUUGUGUUUGAGAAUGUGAAGUUUCGGCAACUACAAAAGGAGAAGUUCCAGAUCAGCAACAAUGGACAGGUUCCCUGCCAUUUUUCUUUCAUCCCUAAACUUAAUGACAGCCAGUACUGCAAACCAUGGCUUCGGGCUGAACCUUUUGAGGGCUACUUGGAGCCAAAUGAGACCGUGGACAUUUCCCUUGAUGUGUAUGUCAGCAAAGACUCUGUGACCAUUCUGAACUCAGGGGAAGAUAAGAUUGAAGAUAUUCUAGUCCUUCACCUGGAUCGAGGCAAAGAUUACUUCUUGACCAUUAGUGGAAAUUACCUCCCAAGUUGCUUUGGUACAUCCUUAGAGGCUUUGUGCCGAAUGAAAAGACCAAUCCGAGAAGUGCCUGUAACCAAACUCAUAGACUUGGAGAAAUCCCUUCUGCAGAUGGUUCCCUUGGAUGAAGGUGCCAGUGAGAGACCCCUUCAGGUCCCCAAGGAGAUCUGGCUUCUGGUAGAUCACUUGUUCAAAUAUGCCUGCCACCAGGAGGAUCUGUUCCAAACCCCUGGAAUGCAGGAGGAGUUACAGCAGAUCAUUGAUUGUCUGGAUACUAGCAUUCCCGAGACAAUCCCUGGCAGUAAUCACUCUGUGGCUGAAGCACUGCUCAUUUUCCUGGAGGCCCUGCCAGAACCCGUCAUCUGUUAUGAGCUGUAUCAGCGAUGCCUUGACUCUGCUCAGGAUCCCCAGAACUGUCGACAGGUGAUUUCCCAGCUUCCAAGAUGCCAUAGAAAUGUUUUCCAUUACUUGAUGGCAUUCCUUCGAGAACUCUUAAAAUUCUCUAAAUACAACAAUGUCAGCGAAAACAUGAUCGCUACUCUCUUCACUAGUCUUCUCCUAAGGCCUCCACCCAACCUCAUGGCAAGACAGACUCCAAGUGACCGUCAACGUGCUAUCCAGUUCCUUCUGGGGUUUCUUGAGAGCGAUGAAGACUAA